CGUCACAAACAAUUUCCUUUCGACGUCGCUCAAGGCCUGUCCAUAUCACACACCUCGUAACGAUGGCGACUGACAUACCAAAUCAGAUGAAGGCGUUGAGGAUCCACGGCGUGGGAGAAAAAUACUACAAGUUGGAGCAAGUUGACGUGCCUUCGCCCAAAGGAUACGAAGCCCUGAUCAAGGUUGGAGCUGCGGGACUUUGUCACACCGAUAUGAUGUUGUUCACUGGCGAGUUCAAGACUGACAAGUACCCCUUGAUUGGGAGUCAUGAACCUGCUGGGACGGUCGUCGCCCUAGGGGAGGACGCAAAAGGGACCGUGAAGAUUGGUCAAAGAGUCGCCGGGAUGCUUCAUCGUGACGUCUGUGGUGAAUGCACAGAUUGCAAAGCUGGUCUACCAAAAUACUGUCCGAACUCUCUCUACACCGGUAUCACGACCAACGGAGCCUUUGCAGAGUAUGAGAUCCUUGAUGCAAGGUAUCUCGCUCCCAUCCCGGACGAAAUGUCGUUUGAGCAGGCUGCACCGAUGACCUGUGCCGGAAUCACCAUCUAUACAGCUAUCAAAAAGGCGAAAUUGAAGCCUGGACAGAUUCUCGCGAUCAGCGGUCUCGGGGCAUUGGGUCAUCUUGGUGUCCAAAUGGCCAAAGCGAUGGGCCUCACUGUCGUCGGCAUCGACGCUCGUCCCGAACCAAUAGCCAUGACUGAGGGUCUCAGACUCGCCCCUGAUCUCUGCAUAGACGCCACGAGCCUUAAAGCUGAAGAGGCAGUCGAGGAGAUUCACAAGCUCAGACCCAAGGGCUACGAAGGGUGGAAAGGAGCUGAUGCCACAAUCCUCACAUCCGAUCCGCUAUCUGCUCAACGCUACGCAAUGGAUAUCACCAGACGUCAUGGUACAUACGUGGUAGUCUCGCAACCUGACGACCUCCGUUUCACCUAUCAAGAUAUCAUCUUUAAAGACCUCACGAUCAUCGGCUCCCUCCACGGUUGGACCGAAGAUUUAAAGGAGUGUCUAGAUCUGGCUGCAAAGCAUGGCAUCAAGUCCGAACUGAGUUGCUACAAGCUUGAUAAGCAUGAGGAGAUGGUAGACAGUGUACAUGAUUCGAAGAGGAAAGGCAAGAGUGUUUUAGUCUUUUGAGUACAGGAACUUCGGAUGAGCAGAUGCAAAUGCCCAGAGAGCGGAGGGGGGCAAGGGGGGGGGGAUGCGACCAUCCAAGUUUCCAAGCAGCUGUCUUAGUCGUUCCAAUGCUUACAACCCGCCUUUUGUAAGUCAACCGUAGUCGAUAUGAAUGCAAC